GAGAGAGACAAACAGGUGGUCUGGGAACACAGAACAAUGUCGUCCGGCGGAGCGACGCGUAAAGAGCCGCGCUCCUCGCUCCACUGACGGAAUACCGACGAGCAGACGACAAACCCCCAUGCUCCUUCCUCCUGCCUCCUCACGGGCUUCUCCUCCUCCUCCACCACCUCCUCCUCCGCCGCGGGUUUGACUCCGGAUCGCUGGGGCGCGGAGCCGGGACCGCGAGCCAUGAAAGUCACGGUGUGCUUCGGCCGGACGCGGGUGGUGGUGCCGUGCGGGGACGGCAACAUCAAGGUGCUCACGCUCAUCCAGCAGGCGGUCAUGCGGUACAAGAAGGCGAUCGCCAAGGAUGCCGGUUACUGGCUGCAGGUCCACCGGCUGGAACACGGGGACGGUGGCAUCCUGGACCUGGACGAUGUGCUCUGCGACGUGGCCGACGACAAAGACCGGUUGAUAGCGGUGUACGAGGAGCAGGAGCCCCAUCAUGGAGGUGACGGCACCAGCGCCAGCUCCACAGGGACCCAGAGCCCCGACCUGUUCGCGGCCGACCUCAGCGCCGGCAGCGGAGCCUCGGCCUUCCAGCCGUACCAGGCGGCCAGCGAGAUCGAAGUGACGCCCUCCGCCCUGCGCACAAACAUGCCGCUGCACGUCCGGCGCAGCAGCGACCCGGCCCUGCUGACCAUCAACGGGCCGUUCGGCGGCGGCGGCGAGGUGCGGGUCCAGACCGAAGACCCGCCCUCGAGGAAGAACCCGACCCGCUGGUCCACCACCGCCGGCUUCCUGAAGGUUCGACACGCGUCCGGCACCAACAGCCUGGAGAGGAAGGGUAAAGUCACGGACACGUACCGCAGUCUGCCGCGGGACGCAGGGACGUGGGCCAAUCAGAGGGAGUUCCAGAGGGAGACGGCCCGGUCGUCGCUCAGUGCCAAUCAUCCCAUGGUGGACCGCUGGUUGGAGAGACAGGAGCAGGAGGAGGACGCCACAGAAGAAGAAGAAAACGGACGCAUCGACCCGGUUGGACGAGCCGACUCCUGCAUGGACCACGCCCCCUUGAGGUCACUCGAAGACAUAAUCAAACUGGUGGAGGUGUCAAACGACGGUGGGCCCCUGGGGAUCCACGUGGUGCCUUUCAGUGGCAGGGACCGCAGGACUCUUGGCUUGUUGGUCAAGCGUCUGGAGCGGGGGGGCAAGGCCGAGGAGCAGGGCCUCUUCCAGGAGAACGACUGCAUCGUCCGUAUCAACAACGGAGACCUGAGAAACAUCCGAUUUGAACAAGCUCAGAACAUGUUCCGUCAGGCCAUGCGCUCUCCGCUCAUCAUGUUCCACGUGGUGCCGUCCUCCAUGAAGACCCACUACGAGCAGAUGUCCCUCACCGACAGGAACCCGGCCUUCUCCUCGGGUCGCUUCAGCCCCGACUCCGUGAGCGGCAGCACCGUGUGCGGCAUCGACCACACGCCGCAGAGGAUGUCCCGACACGGCUCCCAGACGCAACCGCACUCCCACCCGCACCCCCACCCCCACCCCCACCCGGAACAGAGCGACGGCUACCAAACGCUGACGCACCCGGCGGUGUCCGCGGCCAAGCCUCCGACGGGGCACACCCACUCGCCACAGCGGGGGCUGAACGCCACGCCGACGGGGGGGUACGCCAAAAAGGUCGGGAGGAGGCUCAACAUCCAGCUGAAGAAAGGUCCCGAGGGACUCGGCUUCAGCAUCACGUCCCGGGACGUCCCCAUCGGCGGCUCGGCGCCCAUCUACGUGAAGAACAUCCUGCCUCGGGGGGCUGCCAUCCAAGAUGGCCGCCUCAAGGCAGGAGACAGGUUGCUGGAGGUGAAUGGAGUGGACCUGAAUGGGCGGACCCAGGAGGAGGUGGUGUCCCUGCUCAGGGCCACGCCCAUGGGGGGGGCCGUCGGGCUGCUGAUCCUCCGCCAGGAAGACACCUUCCUCCCCCGAGAAGUGAACGCCGAGCCCCAGAUGCAAAGCCCCAGAGAUUCGCUACCGAGGCAGCCGGUGAUAGCCGGGAAACCCCAUUGGCUGAUUGAGAAGACGGAGGAGGACGAACUGGUCCUGACUCCAGAUGGGACCAGGGAGUUCCUGACCUUCGAGAUCCCCCUCAGCGACUCGGGGUCAGCAGGUCUGGGCGUCAGCGUCAAAGGCAACCGCUCCAAGGAGAACCACGCCGACCUGGGUAUCUUCGUCAAAUCCAUCAUCAACGGAGGGGCAGCCUGUAAGGACGGGCGGCUUCGUGUGAACGACCAGUUGAUUGCGGUGAACAGUGAGUCGCUGCUGGCCAAAACCAACCAGGACGCGAUGGAGACGCUGCGCAAGUCCAUGUCCACGGAGGGAAACAAGCGAGGGAUGAUCCAGCUCAUCGUGGCCCGACGCGUGGCCAAGAGAAACGAGGAGACGGCCGGCAGCCCGUUGGGAUCCCAGCAGACCAUGAACACCUCCCUGGACGAGCACGAGCGCAGGAUCUCCCACUCGCUGUACGGUGGCCUGGAGGGUCUCGAUGACAACCUGAUGCCACGACAAGGAAUGAUGCCGCGCACAAUAGGUAACUACCAGCUCUCACCGACCGUCAACAUGCCGCAGAACGACACGGUGAUCAUCGAGGACGACCGGCCGCCGCUGCUCCCCCCCCACCUCUCUGACCAGUCGUCCUCCAGCUCACAUGACGACGUGGGCUCCCCCGCCGACACCACGCCUCCGUGGGCCAAAGCGCCGCCGGCUCAGAACGACAGGUUCGGGAAGCACAGGAAGGACGAGCGUCCGGGGGAGAAGCUGGAUCGGAAAGGCUCCAGCAAGUGGAGGUCGGAGGAGACGCAGGUUUCUGAGGAGGAGACGCUGAAGAUGAGGAUGGAGCAGGAGAGGAUCCAGGCUAAGACGAGGGAGCUGAGGGAGCGGCAGGCCCGGGAACGGGACUACGCCGAGAUCCUGGACGUGAGUCGCACGUCGGAGGAGGAGCACACGUACGCCGGCAUCAACCCCCUGAACAGCUCGGUGGACAGCGGCCACAGCCGACCGCACAGCCCCCGUGACGAUUACCCGCACAUCCACGCACACCACCAGCACCAGCACUCGGAUUCCCUCUACACCCCCGUCAGCAAGGCCCGCAGCGACCGGCCUCCUUCUGCAGACAGACUACACACGUUUUUUUUGUUGAUUUCACACGUGUUCUAUCACAAGGUUUUUAUAACACAAACAUAUCAUGACACAGAACAUAUUAUUCAGCUUUGUUGAGACGCAGCGUGAAUGUGUGUUGUUGCAGACGAUACAUUCAGGUGUGUUGUAAAUCACAUUAACAUAGAGCAACGUGAAUCAUCCAUGUUCUCUGCACGAGGUCCUUCUACACACACACUUUGUGUUUUUUGUAUAUUUCUGUAUGAACUCUUUUUACUGCUGGUGUCUGUAGCUUUGCCCAGUCUCUGGUGAGCAUCGGGAGAAUGAGCUCCUGUGAUCGAGUGAGAGCGAGCGAAUCAAAUCCUCUUGUGCUCUGGCCUUUUUUCUUUCUUUUUUUUCUAGCUGAUGAACUCAAUAAAAAAAAUGUAUAGAUUU